UUCCUGUAUGGGUUGAUGCCUUUUACAUUUUGCUCACAACGGGGUGUUUUCACUGCAGUUGAAUGUGUCCAGCUGAAAGUGCCCAUCAUCCAGCAGCUGUACCACUGGGACUGUGGGCUGGCCUGCUCCAGGAUGGUGCUCCAGUACCUGAAUCACUUGGACAAUGAUGAAUUUCAGAAAGCCAUCCAAGAGCUCCAGUUAACAAAGAGUAUCUGGACUAUUGACCUGGCCUACCUAAUGCGGCACUUCGGUGUUAAGCAUAAAUUUUGCACCCAGACACUUGGAGUGGACAAGGGCUACAAAAAUCAGUCAUUUUAUAGGAAGCACUUUGACACAGAAGAGAACCGAGUGAAUCAGCUCUUUGCACAAGCCAAAGCCUGCAAGGUGCUGGUGGAGAAGUGCACAGUAACUGUUCAAGACAUCCAAAAACACCUGUCCCAAGGUCACGUAGCCAUCGUCCUAGUGAAUGCAGUCCUGCUGUUGUGUGAUCUUUGCUCAAGUCCUGUCAAAUAUUGCUGCUUCCUCCCCAUCGGACAGAAGUGCUUCUGCAGGAAUCCUGACUACCAGGGCCAUUUCAUUGUGUUGUGUGGCUACAACAAAGCCUCAGGGAGUAUUUACUACAACAACCCUGCCUAUGCUGACCGAACAUGCUGCACCAGCAUCAGUAACUUUGAGGAAGCCAGGACAAGUUACGGCACGGAUGAGGAUAUUCUGUUCAUCUACACAGACAGCUGACAUCCACACCCGAUAAUUCUGGUCCUUUCUAGUGCAGCCUGUAUGGCAGUUGGCUGCUUGUCUCAGGACACCCCCUGCAGAGACCUUGCUCCUGAAUUGCAGUGGGAUCUUAAAUAAGGGAGGCUUUAUGGACAUUGAUAGGACUAUAUUGCAAUGCUGUCUUUACGUUUUUAUUCCCAAUGAAAUAUCUGAUUUUACAACGUAUGUCACAUGUUUUUCUCAUUUCUAACACUGCACAUUUGACAGCAGUUUCAAAAUACAGGCCCUAAGCCUCUUCACUUUAAGCUUAUUUUCAAAUUAAACACAUGAGAAAAAAAAGCACCAAAUGUAUGAACUUUAACACUUGGUAAUACACAUGUAGGUUUAAGUAAACAAACCAGAAAAAAAUAGAAAAUACUUGUUUCUCUCUUUCAAAGCAGCAAGGGCUGAUCUUCAUCCUAAAUUUAGGGAUCUGAGGUUCAGCAGGGUAUUGUGAAAGGAAGAAAUACUAACUUAAACCACUUUCAAAUAAUGAAAAUGCCUUUUGGCUCAUCAGUAUUUUAGGAAUUAAACAUUUACUCUAGAAAAUCUCCCGUGUACAAAAUUCACCUUACAGUUUUAGUAUUUAUGUCACUGGAUUAAGUUUUGAAUUGCAGUUAUUGGGAUUGAUCCCUUGCACUACAAACUGCAUCUCUUUUGGCUAAAUAUUUUCAGAUGACUGCCCAGAACUCUGUAUUACCCCAAAUGUUUAAACACUUUUUUGGACAUGGGAGUCUUUGUGGCUCUUUGCAAAAAAAAAAACCUCUGAGCAUUGUGACAUCCAUACAUGCCAGUUUCUGAUGCACCCAAUCUAAAUAUAAACUUAUUAAGCAAAUACAGAAAAUAUUCAUUCACACACUAAUGGUAUAUAUUUUGUUUGUAAAUUUACUGACAGGAGAGACUGGAUUGCAACUGAAAUGCUGAAUCAUACUUUGAGCCAAACUUUGCUAUUGGUAUUAAUUUAGUGACCAUCUAAGAGUUGAAAUCAAUUAAGAAAAUGGGGAAUACAGACUUCUCUUUGCUACAGUAAAAAAGACAGAAACUCUAGUUAUUCUUAUACUUCAGGUGUAUUUGGAUUAAGUUGAAGUUUUGUUCAGACAUUCUGAAGUGAAAUUGUUAGCAGCCCAUUCAUAAUCCUUUCAUGUGUUACCUGAGUUUAUUUACUUUACUGAGGAGCACUGUAAAAGUGUAGGAAAUAGCCACCUACUUCAGAUUUGUCCAUCACAAUUGCUUACAACUCUUGGAUCUCCAGUCCUGCCUAUAUUAAAAUGGGUAGAAAAAAUUGUUAGUACUCACAUAAAGCUGACAAAACUUUGUUUUGCACUUAAGACAGAGAUCCCACACCUUUGGCAUGGUUUUAGAAAAAGAACAGUCCAAGUUCUGGAACUGUGUGGAACAAUUAAAGGACAUUGUUACUGAGUGGUAGAAAUAAUAAAUAGGAACCUACUUUCAGCGUGAUAAAAAAAAAUUCUAAGAAAAGACAUCUUUUAUCAGUUGCUGACUUUCUAUAAGACGUGGAAAACAUUAAGCAAACAGUAGAAUCAAGAGUGCUUCUGUGCACAGAGGCUGAAAAAUAAUAACAGAUGUAAAAUGCAGUAGCCUUUGAAAAGUUCUGAACAGAAUGACGUGACAAGAAACUUUAUGCAUCUGAUUUUGCGUAGCACUGGUGAAGUUGGAAUACAUUCUGGCAGUUACAUAUACAAAAUAAAUAAAAAUCAGGAUGUAAUUUGUGAGUAGUAUAGAUAAAUACAUUAGUAGAAACACAGAAAAUGACCGGAGCACAAAAUCUACAGUAGAUAAUGCUUUAUGACUCCUCCAAAAUAAGUCACCAGAAGGCUACUGCUCUGGGAAAUGUUCUGUCCAAGUCCAAAUUAAUGAUGUUUGAUUUAGAGAGAUCGUAUUAGCUAUGUUACUAAUUAACAGGUAUGUAAAUUACAGAUUGAUAAGAGCACUUAGUUUCUUAACCAUGGCAUUUUCCAUUAGGUAGUUCAUUCUGUAGCAUUGAACUGCCACAGGAUUUAUUUUUUUAAAGCAGGAUUGGUUAGCUAAUUAGAAAUUCUUAAAAAGACUUGAAAAUUUGCCUCCAUAUGUGAAUCUUGAGCUUGUACAUAAAACAUGGACUUAAGGGCAUGCUAAGUGGUCUGAAAUGUACAGAUGGGGUGUAACAUUAAAUGUUUGGUGCCCAGGGUUCAAAUAGUUAACAGAACUGAAAGAUAAAGAACCAAAGCUGUUUAAGUUAAUACAGAGAAAACAGGAGUUCCACCCAUUGUGACAGGAACUCUUAUGGUCAAAUGGAAUACAGUUAUGAGAGAUGAAAACACAAGAAAGACGCAGAACCUAAGUCAAAAGAAGACUACGUGAUGCAAAUUCAGGUUAAACAGAAGCUCACUGGCCAAGUAUUCAGAAUAUCUGCAUUUUCUGAAACAUUGUUUUCCAUGAUGUCUAUCAAAGUAUGCAUUCUGAAAAUGUGUAAUCACUUUGUUUCCUUUGUGAUGUCCACAGCAAAGGAAGGGGUAUUUUACAUGCAGGGAUUUUAUACAUAAAUAUAUUUUUAUUUGUAAUUAAACCAUUCUCAAUAAAGGUUUAAAGUCAUGGAUAACCCUGUA